AUGCGGCUAUCCUUUAUCACGCAUUUUGGCGCGUUGGUAAUUUUGUUACAUUUAGUAAUUGGCACUGGUGCGGAAUGGAAGAAUCUUAUCGAGGUGAAAGUGCCAGAAGGAAAACCGGAAGAUUACGUAGUUUACAGACUACCGUUUCCCACUAAAGGAGAGGAGUACAUGCUAUUUUACGCACAGAAAGGGGACGCGCUUGACAAGGUCGGUUUAUUCAAGGUCUCUAAAAUUGGUGUUAUCACAACUGUUCAACCUUUGAUUUACGAGAGGGGAAAACCAAACGAGUACGAUUUGACCGUAGUUCGAAGGUCUUCCAAAGAGACAGAUGGAGGCCUGGCGACAACAGUUCGAGUGAUAGUACAAGACGUGAAUAACUUCCCGCCAGUUUUCACAUACAGUCUCUACAAUGGUUACAUCAAAGAAAAUUCUCCAGAGGGAACUGUGGUAAUGGGCUUGGAAAAUUGCUAUGCUGAUGACCGGGAUACCUCAGGUGUAAGAGAUUACAAAAUAAUAAAAGGAAAUGAGAAAGGUUAUCUUAGGGCUGUGAAAUAUGACGUUGGUGAGCACAGUUUUUUACAGCUAAAGGCAACCACUCGACCGAUCAAGCGAGACGCGAAAAAACCUUUUUUGACGUUGACUGUUGAAGCAGAAGAUAUGGGCAAUCCGCCAAAAACGUCACAAACCACAAUCGAAGUGUCAAUUGAAGAGGUGAACGAUUAUGUUCCUGUAUUUGAUAAAAGCAGCUACAAACGAGAAAUAAGCGAAGAUACUCCUAUCAUGAUGCAAAUUCUCAGUGUGCGAGCAAUAGACAAAGACCAAGGAAUUAGCGGUCAGGUUUAUUAUUUCUUCCAAACAUUGUCGAGUUAUUUUACGGUAAACGCCUUUACAGGUGCCAUUACGCUGGUGCGUGAGUUGGAUUAUACACAGGCAGACCAGCGAGUGCACCGGUUGACUGUCAUCGCACGGGAUGCAGGAACACCCAGUAAACAGUCCACGGCUACUGUUACCAUCACUGUUCCCGUGGAUAUUUCCAACUUCCCUCGCCCGGCUUCCACGACUUCCAACCAAGAAAAUGCGGCACCAUUUUUUCCUAGAGCACCGUACCACUUUACACUUCACACAUCGUUUCCCAUCAGGGGUAGUCUUGGUGUUAUUUUGGCAGUGGAUGAAGAUCCACCGGGAUCCAACAGUGCUCUUCGUUAUGCGCUGCAAAAUCCGUCUGGCGAUUUCACUCUAGAUUCCAACAGCGGUGUUCUGACAGUUAACAAGGAACUCGACGCGAAGACAUACAUCUUGUCGGUAAAGGCUGAAGACCAGGGUAACCCACCGAAAGGCGCUGAGGCACAAGUUAAAGUUGAAGUCGAAUCCAUAGAUAAUCCAUUCAACCAUCCGACCUUCAGCAAUCCUAUACAAGUAAUAACGGUCCAAGAAAAUACUAAAAUUGGCACAUCUGUGUUCACAGCAUCGGUAGUCUCCGACGCGAGCACGGACAAAGGAGUAGUAUAUUCGGCAAUCUUCGGUUCUGCGCUGCCAUACUUUGAACUGAACGAAGAUACGGGUGUAUUGAAGACGGCCGCAGCACUCGAUCGAGAAAAGCACGGCAUGUAUGAAUUAAUGAUAGAAGCAAGGAACAAGGAGGAAAUUCCACGCCAUUGCCAUCUGUUUCUGAUAAUAAAAAUCGCAGAUGAGGACGACUCAUACCCUGAUUUCUCCAGGCCAGUUUAUAGCGCUAGUGUACCAGAGAAUAGCCAAAUCGGUACUUUUGUCACAGUCAUCCACGCCAUUGAUCAAGACAAUCCUUCAGUAUCUUACGACCUGUCCAUAUCGUCCUCUGAAUUUCAAAUAGAGGCAGGAACUGGAGUAAUCAGGACGAAAAGAAAGCUCGACCGAGCAAUUGGAGACAGGAAAUUUCUCCUUCAUGUGACAGCAAGUGACGAAGGGGGAAAGACUGCGCACGCGAAUGUGGACAUCAAUGUGACCAGCGCACACGAUUCUAGUCCAAAGUUUGCUCUGGAAAAGUACCAGGCCUCACUGCGAGAAAAGCAGGGAAUGGUUCCUAAUUUGUUGUGCAUAGCUGCGACUGGAAGUAACGGCCCAGUGACAUAUUCGAUCAAAUCGGGAGCCAAUGAAAGAUUCACCAUCAACGAGAAUACAGGUACCUUGUCAGUUUUAGAUUCCUUCGAUUACAGGACCGAGAAAGGGUAUGUUCUUACAGUCGUAGCCAAAGGCGAGAGCUCCUCAAAAACGUCGUCAACUACAGUGACACUGUCAAUUACAAACGAUGACGGCCCGCCGGUCUUCGUUAAGAAAAGCUAUGAAGUUGUAACUCAAGAAAACGUUAAUGUUGGAACAGCUCUACUUGUCGCUGGUGAUGGAUUUCGUUUCUCCACCGACGGUAGGCCCGCAACCGAUUUUAUCUGUUCCCUAGAUGACAUCACGAGUAGGGAAAUACUGGAUCACUUUCAAGUGGAUAGAAUAGGUUACGAAUGUCACGUAAAAGUGAUUAAAAAUUUUGUUCAAGUCUCCAACCGAGAAUUCACUUUUCAAGUCCGCGUGACAGACAUCAAUCAAAGGAACCUGUUUGAUAAGGCUGGCGUGACGGUAAAAGUAACAGACACGAACGACUAUGCCCCCGAGUUCACGCAAUCCUCCUACUGGGUUUCCAUCGCCAGUGACACUUCCCUGGGAACCAGUUUAGUACAAGUGACUGUCUUUGACAGAGAUACCCCUGGAAAAACUGAGUUUGUUUUAGAGCUCUUAUCCGAGGGUGCGGAUGACAGAUUUCAAAUAGACAGCGAUGGCAUAGUUCGCACGAUUACAUCGGGUCUACCCGAAAACAGAAUUUUCAACCUCAAAGUCAAGGCGAAAGAAACAGGUACCGAUCCCCAACAAGAGAGCGAGGUGUCAUUGAAAAUCUCCGUGCAAAGGACGCCUUUCGUUCCGGUCGAGUUUAGCAGUAACAGUUACCUUCAAUCUCUCACUGAAGACGCAACCGUCGGCGCGUCAGUGUUCACCGUGAGUGCUUCGCGAUCAGGUUCAGACUCCGGAACCCUAACAUACUCCAUAGUAGGCGGAAAUCUGGACAAUGCUUUCAAAAUCGAUACCAGCAGCGGUAAGGUGACCUUAGCUAAGAAUCUUGACUAUGAAACUACCAAGAAGUACAACUUGAUCAUCCGGGCAACUUUUGAUUUCUCCGAUGGAAAUAUUCCGGAUGUUGCAGCCGAGGUUACAGGCCAGGUUACUGUGCAGGAUGUUAAUGACAAUAGUCCCAGGUUUCUCCUUUACAACCGACCAACAAAAAUUGCGAUUGAGAGCUAUACGCCAAGUGCCACGGAAGUGAUGAAGGUGACGGCAACAGAUGAGGAUACGGGAAACUUUGGCUCUGUAUCGUAUAAUAUUCAUGACUCCGCAAGUAAUCCAUCCGUUGACAUUCCAUUCUCCAUAAACUCUGUCACAGGCUCGCUCAAGACCAACAGAGAAAUCAAAUUUUCAGAAGGAAGCUUCUAUGCGAUAGUAGUAAGGGCUGUAGAUGGAGCCAGCCGAGAAACUGCCGUGACCAUUGAAAUAACAGUCUUGAAUAUCGGAAAGCCUCCGACAUUCAAACAAGAGGAGUACUUGAAAAGCGUUAGUGAGAAAAGUCCCGUUGGUACCAGUGUGAUCGACAUAAAAGCUGACCAUAACGACCCCACUGCCCCAUUAAAAUAUGCAAUCAUCAAUGGUGACCCCGAGAGCAGAUUCUGUAUAAACUACUUGGGUGUUAUUAGUGUGGCGCAGCCCCUGGAUCGCGAGAAGGUGCCAUCAUAUGAGCUCUCAGUAAUGGUGUCCCUAAAUAACAAAAACAGUACCACCGUUGUUAAAGUUACCUUGCAAGAUGCCAACGAUCACGCACCGUCUUUUGAGAAGUCAAUUUUGGUCAUAAACGUCCCUGAAAAUGAAGUCAAUCUCAAUUUAAAACGUUUGAAGGCAAUUGAUCAGGACAAUGGUGAUUACGGAAAAGCAACUUACUCCAUCAUACAGAGUGUCAGGAGUGACACUAAAGAGCUUUUUGAGGUAGAGCCCGAUAGCGGUUGGGUCAAACUGAAAAAGCCUCUGGAUCGUGAGAAAGCUGCUGAACAUGUGCUGUUCAUCAGGGCACAAGACAGUGCACAACCAGAACCACUGAGCGAUAUUGUCAAGUUAAUUAUCCGAGUAACAGACGUAAAUGACAACAAACCACGUUUCUCUACUUCUUCUUACCAAGCCUCAAUACCUGCCAACCUCAAACAUGGAAGUAAAGUAGUCCAAUUAUCCGCCACAGAUCUAGAUAGUGGUGCCAACAGACUGUUAUAUUACACCAUAAAGGAGGGCAACAAGGACGGUAUUUUUGAGAUAAAAAAUGACAACGGACUUAUCACCCUAGGCAAUAGGCCUCUAGCGUCUGCACUCCAGGACACAUUCACUUUAAUUGUGGAAGCCGCCGAUGAAAAGGACAGAAAUAAAAAAGACGAAGCAACGGUGUUGAUAAAUGUGUUUCCUCCUGAUGGACCCCCGCGGUAUCCAGAUCCUUCGUUAAGUUUCGACAUACAGGAGGGAAUCUUGGCUGGACAGAAGAUCGCAUCAGCAGCCGCAGCCACCACAGAGUACGUCAUUUACACCAUACUGUCGGGUAACGAAGAUGGUGUGAUUCAAAUUGAUCCUUUCUCGGGGGAUCUAGUGACGGCUCAAGAGCUCGAUUAUGAAAAAGCCGAUCGGUAUGAAUUGCACGUAAUGGCGCAAGAUAUCAAAGGACGGAAAGCUGAAGUCAAAAUCACCAUUAACGUCAUAGAUAUCAAUGACAACAGCCCGUUCUUCAUCGAUGAGGUCAAAGGGAAGGUCGAUCAAAGAGCAACGGCAGGUGCUCGUGCAGGUGACGAAGUGGCCCAAAUAGUAGCAUACGAUCUAGACAAUGAGUCUUCCAUGAAGUACAAAUUAUCCCCUGAUGCAGAGGCUUACAUUGACAUUGACGACCAGGGAAUUAUUCGUGCCAAAAGAACUCUUGACGGUACUAUUCCCGGAAAGCGCUCUACUGAACCUUUAAGGACAUUAAAUUUCAAUUUAGAGGCUCGUGAUGGUGCCAAUCCACCGAAUUCUGUAACAACAUCUGUGCGCCUGGCAUUUACUAAUGACCAAGCAGGCCAAAACACUGUGGCCUUAAGGGUUAGGGAGGACACGCCGGUCGGUAAGGUUUUUGCCGUGACUCCCAGAUACAUUCCUGGUGGAAAGUUCUCCAUCUUGUACCCAGAAGAGACCCCUUUCUCUGUCGACGAGGAGGGCAGAAUUCAACUCAAAACGUCACUCGAUUUUGAAACUCAAGCGGUGUACACUCUGACAGUCCGAGAAGAAGCUUUUACUUCCAGUGGUCCCAUCUUCAACGAUAUAAACUUCGAGAUCUCUGUCGUAGAUGUCAAUGAUAACGAUCCCCGAUUUGAAUUGAGGCAAAGGCAUGGAACAGUGAACGGUAACGCUCAGGCUGGUGCUUCGGCUUUGAAACUUUACGUAUCGGAUGCAGAUACUGAUGCGAAUGGACUUGCAGGUUACCAACUUGUCACCAGUAACGCUCCCUUUGGCAUUGACCCGUUGGAAGACACUCUAAAGGUUGGCGGCCCUCUAAUGAAGUCUCAGUACGACCUAGAGAUACGUUCAUUUGAUUAUGGAGUACCUCGACGCCAGAACAGCCCAUUAAAACUUCGAUUAGAUGUUGGACAACUGCCUCCAAGAUUUAUCGACUUUCACGACGAUGGGUACAAGUUUGAGGUGCCCGAAGACGCUAGGGGUGGGACUGUAAUAGGAAAGAUCCAAGCUUUAAGUGUCUCAGGUAGCAGAGUGGGAUAUAAGAUUUCAGAUGGAAACUCAGGUAAUAGAUUUCGAAUCAACAGUGAUGGUGAAAUCAUGCUCAAUUUUCUCCUGGAUUACGAGACACAAGCAAAGGAAUAUGAACUGCAGGUGGAGGCUAUCGAGAUGAUUCCUUCCGGUCUGAUCUCUUCAAUCGAUGUCAAAAUCUUAGUUUUGAAUGCUAAUGACCACCAUCCUAUGUUUGAACAAGGAUCGUACACGGCUACCGUGCCAGAAGACGCGGCCUUCGGGAGCUCGAUAUUGACUGUAGCCGCUACAGACUGUGACUGUAGCCAGGAUUGCAGUUGCUCUUCAGGGCAGUUGAGCUACUCAGUGAGAGAUACCGAGUAUUUCACAGUGGAUCCCGACACUGGAGUUAUAUCACCAGCACGUUCUUUGGAUUACGAACGCAUUAUAACACACAUAUUUCAAGUCCGUGCAUCUGAUCAUCUGAGGAAUAAAACGAACGUAGCUUUGGCGUAUGUUAAGAUCAAUGUUACGAACGUGAAUGACAAUCAACCCAGGUUUGCAAAUCCCGAGUAUAGUUUCUCCGUCGACGAAGAUGCACAAGUUGGGAUAGGAUUAGCGGUGAUUGAAAUUCAUGACGAUGACCACGAUGAAAUUACAUAUUCCAUAGUCCAAGGGAGCAGCCCUUUCACAAUAGAUGCUAGAACUGGGGUCAUUUCUCUUUCACGAAAACUUCCCAGCAGUCCUUGGGAAUAUACGUUCACCAUUCGAGGAACGGAUUCAAACGGAGCCUUCAGCGACGCGAAAGUUUUCAUGACCAUCAGGGAUAAGAACAACAAUCGACCAGUGUUCGAAAAGUGCGAGGACUCUACAGUGACAGAGAAUCUAUCCCCCGGACAAGUAGUUACCCAGAUUGUGGCUACAGACGUGGACAGGGGUUUAGGUGGAGAAAUAGAAUACAGUCUGGCGUAUGGCGAUGAAUUCUUUGAGAUUGAUAAUACCACUGGUUGUUGGGAGAGUAAGCUUUUUCAUAAAAGAUUUAAACUUGUAUGGCUUAACUUAAACGCAACGUUUUUGUCUUGUAAUCUAUCUGCAGAUACGACAGUCCUAACAAUUCAAGCAGUUUCUAAAAACAACCAACCGUUAACAUACACUCCCUUAUUCACCUGGCAAUUUGCCUCAGAGUUCUUUCACAUCAAUCCUCAGACUGGAGAGAUCAAGGCAGGUGGUAAGGCACUUGAUUAUGAGGAGCUUAAGAUAUUUCGUAUGCAGUUCAAAGCAUCCGAGAGCAAGACACUCUUUUCCACUUGCCUCGUGGAGAUUCGGAUCACUGAUGUCAACGACAACACCCCAAUAUUUGGAACGGAGUUUUACGAGGGUAGGGUUCUCGAGAAUUCUCCGCCGAAUUCGGACGUCCUUCAAGUGCAUGCGUACGAUCCGGACACUGGAGGUGGGGGACUUUUGACUUACUCCAUCAUUGAAAGCGACACUACCGAUGGAAAGUAUUUCAGUAUUGACUCCAGCACUGGACUUAUAAGAACGAAGGAAACAUUUGACCGCGAGGUUGCUGAUGAAAAGCACUUCACUGUCUUAGUCGAAGCUAGAGAUAAAGGAGGCAAGUUUGGGAGGAGCUAUGUUGAUAUCGAAGUCGUCGAUGACAAUGAUGCGGGGCCAGUGUUUGCUACAACUCAGUAUUCUCUGAGCGUAAGGGAAGAUGCUGAGUUGGGUUGGAUUUUGCACUCCUUUACCGUGCAAGAUAUUGAUGUUGGUCUUAACUCUUUAGUAAGUUUUUACAUCUCGUCUGGAGAUGUAAGACAUGCAUUUCACCUGGAGACAGUGUACUAUCCUCAAAAUGUUGGGCAGCUCAUUGUCGAUGAUAAGCUUGAUUACGAAACUGAUAAGGAGUACAAUCUGAAGAUCAUCUCUACAGACGGAAGAACAACAAGUCAACCGCCAGCAAGGGUUAGAAUCGAGGUUAUAGACGUUAACGACAAUGCCCCGGUGUUCAAUCAACUUCGUUAUGAUGCAACUGUGGUGGAAGGCAGUCCAGGAAGCCUGCUUGUGGUGACAGUAAGUGCUACUGACAUCGACACGACUGGCGAGACUAUUUCUUACUUCUUAGACAAACAGGGCGAGAUGUUCUUCACGAUUGGUCCAGAGAAUGGGGAGAUACGUACUAGUGGGAGACCGCUGGACAGAGAGGAAACGCCUGUGUUGUAUUUCAAGGUCCAGGCUACUGACGGAAUUUUUGUUGGAUCUGCAGGUGUAAAGAUCGUUGUUCUCGAUAUCAAUGACAAAGCACCCUACUUUCCAAGUCCUCCAUAUAUUGGUACUAUCGAGGAAAACAACCCUCCGGGCACAAGCGUGAUUGUCGUACAAGCUAUCGACGAAGAUGACCCAAAAGAGAAUGGGAACACCGACCUAACCUACUCUCUAGAUGACGAUAGUGACGGGCUCUUUGUGAUUGACAGUACAACUGGGCUCAUAUCCAAUACUAUGACCUUUGAUAAAGAAGGGGACCCGGACGAGUACAACGUCACCGUGAGGGCGACAGACAAUGGGACUCCGCGACAGCUUAGCGGCACAACAGUGGUAACUAUCAGAGUAGUAGACGCCAACGACCAUAAACCGAUAUUUGAACCUCUGGAGUAUAGAGCGUCUGUCCCGGAAAACGCAUUUCCCGGAUUCUUCGUGACACAAGUUAGCGCUACAGAUAUAGAUUUGGGCUUCAACGGUAAAUUUGAGUUUACCACGGUGUCUGGCAACGAUCCCUAUGCGUUCUACAUCAACCCUGCUACUGGUGCGAUAUUGGUGUCGGGAGAGUUAGACUAUGAAACACGACCAAGUUACACUCUGAAGAUAAACGUAUCCGACCUAGGUAUCCCCCAACAGACUUCUUCAGAGCUUGCUUCCGUGUUCAUCACCAUCAUAGACGUAAAUGACCAUCCUCCGAUCUUUGUGCCAGAUACGUACAGCAUAUCCAUUAACGAAGACGAACUCGUUGGUUCUUCUUUACUAAGUUUGGUGACUAACGAUCUUGACAAGGGCAUUGAGACAAGGCUGUGGUUCACGGUCGAGUUUGGAGACUCAACUGACAGCUUUGACGUCAGACCUGAUCCAAAUAACCCUAGUAUAGGUAUUUUAUACAUAACUGCUCCCCUGGACCGAGAAACAGUCAGCAGUUACAAGCUAGAGAUAAAAGCCGAAGAUGCUGAUGAACUCUUUGCCAUUUGCUUCGUGACAGUAACAGUACUGGAUAUCAACGACAAUGGGCCACACUUUAUCCCUCCUAUCUUCUUCGGCAGCAUCGUCGAAAAGGUGUCUACAGCACAGUUUGUUGUGACGCUUAGUGCUUUUGACCCGGAUGAACCGUUUAAUGGACCACCGUUUGAAUACAAGAUACUCAAUGGAACGGUAGAGGGGAAUUUUUAUAUAGAGCCAAGUUCGAAGACCAGCACCACUGCCGAUAUCUACUCAUCGGCUUCAUACCAAUUCAACUACGAAGAGAAACAAGAAUGGAAACUGUGGGUACAAGUAACGGACAAUGGCAAUCCUGCCAUGUCGAACAUAACUGUAGUCUACAUCGAGGUUAAAGAUUCUGUCAAUAACAACGCCCCUUUUAAUGCCACAAUGACGAUCAUUUUAAACUCGUAUCAGGGACGCUUUGCGGGGGGAGCUAUAGGAAAAGUUUACUACAGAGACAACGACUUUGAAGUGGAUGAAAACGGCUACACAAUUACGACGCAGAAUCCAGGAUCGUUUUUCACUUUGGAUACAAACACGGGCCACCUCUCUGCGCCGGAAAAUAUUCCUGCGGGUAACUACGGACUUUUCGUACGUGUAACAGAAAAAAACAGAAAUCAGGCAUUACCACUCAAAGUUGUGUUCUCAGGCAUAACUGUUAUGGUUCGAAAUAUUUCACAAGCUGCCGUUCUAAAAAGCACCACAAUACAGUUCGUGCAAAUCCAUAAAAAAGCUAUUUUCGUUGGUGAUUACUACUCGAAGCUUGUAGGGGUACUUCAAGAAAUUUUUAGCAACAAUGGUGGAGACUUCUUUGUACAAUACUACGUUUAUAUCUUCAGUAUACAAAUUGAUACAGACGACCCACAAGCUAUAAAUGUACAAUUAGCGGUAAACACCCCUAAAAAUGAGUAUUGGAGUACAACUGAUAUACUGACGAAGCUGAUAGAGAAGAGAUCUUCACUUGAAAGUAUCGGGCUAACUGUAAGCACCUUCGGUAUUGAUACAUGCGCAAAAGAAUACAACAAAACUGGUAUCUGCCGGAACGUGGUGAGCGCCUUCACUACGUUUACAGUGAUCAGCGGCGACUAUGGUCAAUUACCUGCACCUGACACCUCUCUCACGUUUGUAUCAAUCGAUGUGAAACUUGAAGCAAAAUAUUUUUUCUUCGAGAUUAAACCUGUUCUAAGAUGCUCAGAUAAGCCUUGUUUGAAUGGUGGCAUAUGUCAUGACGUUCAACCAGAAGGGAUUAUUUGCCAAUGCAAGCAUAAGUUCGCCGGGCUAGUUACUGGGCCUCUUUGCCAAGAAACGACUCGCACGUUCGAGGGAGGCCUGGGAGAAUCAUACAUCUGGCUUGAAAAGCUUGUGGCUUACGACAGGAAUGUUGUACAGCUGGAAUUCACCACAACAGUUGCAGAUGGUCUAAUUCUUUACCAAGGGCCAUUAUUGGAAGUGGGCGUCGGUCAGCCUCGUGAUUUCCUGGCCAUUGUUUUGUUUGGGGGCUUCAUUCGUGUCGUCGUAUCAUUGGGAUCACAGCCUUUAACUUUAACGAUGUCGCGUGGUCCUCGACUGGAUGAUAGUCAAUGGCAUUCUAUUGAAGUGCGUCAAGAGUUGAAGACGUUUACAGUCAUUAUUGACCAAUGCAAGAACGCACGUUUGAUACAGCUUGGGGAUCAGUUGGUGGAGGAUGAAAGCGAGUGUAAAAUAUCAGGAAAUGUCAGAGGAACCGAUGUUUUCCUGAACAGUAUUUGGCCACUUCAAAUUGGAGGGGUGGAAAACCCGCAAGUUUCAUAUCCAGACCUCAAUUACACGGGUUUUGUGGGAUGCAUACGAAAAAUUAUCAACAAUAAACAUAUGUACGAUCUCAAGAACCCCCUCAAAGUGGUCAACUCUCCCGAAGGCUGCACCUUGGCUCUCACCGCUUGUUCGUCUUGUAAUAACAAUGGAUACUGUGAACCGUACUUGGACAAGGAGAGCGUUUGUGUAUGUGAUGUGGGGUAUUCUGGAGACGACUGCUCGGCAUCGACUGUUGGGAAUUACUACUUGGAAAACAGUUACUCCCAGUAUUCCCUAUCAGCCUGGGAUUCAGCAGCAGCAUCGUCGUCAUCAUCGUCUUCUUCUUCCUUUUCGUCAUCGUCUUCAUUUUCAUCAUCGUCGUCAUCGUCAUCAUCAUCUUCGUCGUCAUCGUUAACCUCGUCAAGGAGAAGACGAGAGGUUGCUCCAGCGCCCCAACCAGUGACGAGUGAAUAUUUCACGAACAUUGCCUUGAAAGUCAAAGCCUCGACAAGUACUAACACCAGCCUCGUAUUCCUGGCCACUAACAGCCUCGGAACCGAAUUUGUCAGGAUUGGCAUAUUGAACCAUGUACUUCGUUGUGUGUUCAGACUGGGAAGUAGGACAAAAGUCCUUUCGCUUCCGAACGUAAACAUCACUGAUGGUAAAACACACAUUGUCAAAGUGGAAAGAGUGGGUAACUACGCCACACUACAGGUUGACUACGCGGGGAAGGUGGAAGGAAGUACGGGAGGAAGCAGCAAUCUGAUGAAUUUUGGUGGCGGGGCUCUGUUUUCCGGUGGUACCCGCCGGCUGACCGCGAUGCUUGUGAUGCGAGCGAUUGUGAAAAGCAACGGAAAGGCUAUUGUGCAAACGGCAGACGGCGGCCUCAUCUCGACUUUUACGUCAUUCUCAGGGUCUUUGUACGGAGUGAGUUUGAUAACUAUCGGAAAAAAGGGUGGUGUUACGGUCAAAAUAUUGAAGAAUGCGACCCUUAUUAGAAUGUACCAGAAACACAGCAUUCGAUCUGUGUAUAAUUCAAGUGCAGGGAAAGUAGUUUUGGGAAGCGCCGGUGUAAGUGUUUCCGAAAUUCGAGUUAGUAACAGCAGCGCGCAAAGUGUUCAUCGGAUAUUACAACGAAGAAAUCAACAAAGUUCUGGAGAUCCGAGAGCGAAGGCUGGUCCUGGUGCUAAUGCGGUGGUCACUGGUGGCAAACUCAGUUCCGUGGCUGACUAUGGAUCGAGGCUGAAGCUGAGGCAGUCAACAGAAGGAAAGAGAAAUAGGUCGGACGUCGAUGAAUCUUACGCAGGUUGCAUCCCACAAAAUCGAUUCAAUGAUAUCGACGUAGACCAUGAAGGUAGUCCAGUGACAGUCGAGCGGCAAAAUGUUAUAUUUGGAUGUCCUUGUGAAAAGGGAGACUGCGCCAAUAACGGAACAUGUUUAAUAGAUACCACUUCGCCCCUGGUGAAUGUAUGUAAAUGCGCUGAGCCUUGGACUGGACUUCGAUGUUAUGAAAUCGUAGAAGACCCUGGAGGUGGAAAAACUCAACCGAAUACGCCUUCUCCGCCAGCGUGGAACUGGUUAGCCAUAUUAGCCGUUCUUCUCCUUCUCCUUAUCGCACUGAUCCUGCUUGGACUUUAUCUACUGUGGAAAAGGUGUAGGGAAGAUGCCACAGACGCAGGAACAGGACCAGCUAAGGCGGCAGUGGCUCCUACAGGACACGGGACAGUCAGGCCUUACUCUGCUGGGGCGGGGGAGAUGGACAGUACUGACUAUGAUCUACGUCAUUUGAUGAAGUACAUGUACACCGAGAAGGCUAUAGGAAGCUCGGAUCUUGAGCAUGGCCAUGAGCAUGCCAAUGUUCGCGUGUACAGGGACGAUGGUAUCCGAGGGACAGACAAUCUUCAUUUUGACUUAAGGCAAUUGACAUCUCACAGACAUCACGUGAUUCAAGGUGGAACGAACGUACAUGACACUCAUUUAGGAAUCGGUAACCAAGGCUUCCACGGUUCAAUGCCCACGGUGACGUCACAUCUUCAUACAAAAAUUACACGACACGUGGUACGCGCCGACAGUAAUGUGUCGCUGUCACAUGACGAAGUGAACUCCUUUGAAGACGAAGGAAACGAUUCUGACGUGGAUGACUUAAGCGAGAUUGGCAGCGGGGACGACGCAGACUGGGACCUACCGGAGGACUCUUGGGAGCAUCAUUUUGUACGACUUCGUGACGGAAACUAAAAAAUGGCAUCUAUCGACAUAAUGUUCAUUUUUUUAUCUGCAUUAGAUACAUUUUGACCUGAUUAUAAGGUGGUUGACAAAACAGAAAACGUGCAACACAUCCUCGAAAUACGCAGCAGAAUAUCGGUCACAUUGUGAUUUGCUACAAGUUUUGUCCCUAAUUCAGUGAACUGUUUCCUGGAAUUAAACAAUCCGGUCAUUAAUGAUCAAUCUCACAUUUUUUUCCGUCGAAAAAUAUGGUGGAUUACAAUAAAAUCUUUGCUCGAUUGAUA